AUGCACUCGUCGCUCGUGCGCAUACAGAAUGUCUUUGGCUUCUUCACAACCGUGGCCUUCACUCUGGGUCUGGCGAUAGCGUUGAGCGUUGUCGUUUCACACCAGCACCCAGAGGCAGAGCUCGAGCUGCGCAACGUCCAGGUUGUCAAGGGUCGCCCUCACUACUACAGUACCAAGAAGGAGGAAUAUGCGCACAUCAAGUUCGACCUCGAGACUGAUCUCAGAUCCCUCUUCUCCUGGAACACCAAGCAAGUCUUUGUCUACGUGACCGCAACUUUCCCCUCCAAAUCUCCACUCUCCCCUCCUUCGGAAGCCAUCAUCUGGGACGCCAUCAUCCCCGCUCCCUCAGAGCCCUGGCACGAGAACACCUACAUCCACCCCCAAAAGAACCGCAAGCAGCCCUCGCGCCGCCAAAACACUGCGGCAGCAGGCUACAAAGCCUACCCCGAAGGCACCAGCCCCGGAAUCCUGAAACUGUCCAACCAAAAGCCCAAGUACCAGAUCACCACCCCCUGGUCCAAGAUUGGCGGAGCUGAGAACUGUACCCUGCAGUUCAAGUACAAUGUUCAACCUUGGGUUGGUGCGUUGUACUGGAGUUCGCCUAGACCUUUUGGCAUGUGGGAGGGUCUUCAGGGGGCUAUGAGUGAUGUUUUCCAGAUGCCGUUUGUUAAGAAUUCUGCGCAGGCUUCUAAGAGCAAGGAGGAUCUUAAGACUGAGACUGGUGGUGAGAGGAACAGAGGAAGCCCUGCUUAA